CAAGAGGAGCCAAGGCCCAAGGGAGGGAGGGAGGGAGGGAGGGGAGGCCGAGGAGGGCCCGGGCCUGGCCCACUCCCAGGCGGGCCUUCCUCUCUCGUUCUCUCCCUGGGAACACAGGCCACCACCGCUCUCUCUCUCUCUCUCUCUCUCUCUCUCUCUCUCUCUCAGCCAGGCCUGGGCAAGCUCCGGGCCUCCCUCCGGGGCGGGGUUUUGGACUCCAACUCCCAGAAGGCCUCCCCUCAGGCCCCGCAGGCCUCACCUUCACCUCCACCUCAAGACUGCGGGGAGAGAGAGAGAGAGAGAGAGAGAGAGAGAGAGAGAGAGAGCAAGGGACUGGGGAAGGGAGGUCAACAGACCAAGAGAAGGAAGGAAGGAAGGAAGGAAGGGCGCUCGGAAAGGGAGGGGCCCCCAGGGAUCAGCUGGCAUGGACAUUCACAACAGAGGGACAUGCAGACAAAGGGAGAACAACAACAACAACAACAACAACAAUAUUUGUAUCCUGCCACCAUCUCCCCCAGAGGGGACUCGGCGUGGCUCACAGAAAGAUCCCAUACAAAACAGGAACAAUAUACAAGACAGCAAUCAACAAGAAGCCCUGCUUGACUCUCAAGCCAAAAGUGGGUGGUAGAAAUCACAUGGUACAAAAGCUGACUGGCACAACCUGGGGAUCCCAACCAGGCCCUGGAAAGACAGGCGCUUGGCUCCUCUGCUGCUGAAUUCACAGGCCCAGUGGGGAAGACAUCUCACCACGUUCAAACAGUGGACGUGGCUCUUCAUGAGACAUGCCGCACCCUCACAGGAUGUCUGCGCCCCACACCACUGGAGAAAUGAUACUGUUGAGUCCCUCUGGGGAGAGAGGGCAGUCUAGAAAUGAAAUGAGGAAAUGUGAUUUUUGGCUGAGAAUUUCGGAGUAGAGCCUGUGGAGGGAUUUCUUUCCCUUGAAAGAAAGAAGAGGGAGGAAAAACAUCUUGGAUACGGUUGGGUUCUUCACCAGAGUGGUUCCAACAUGGAGAGACCCAACUCACGUGGGCCUGAAGCAGGACCUGGGGGCAGUGGGGAAUCCUGGGAAAGAACCAGACAUGAGUCCCUGAGUGUGGACCUUGACAGCUCGGACACACAGCGCCAGCGCUUCAGGCAGUCCUCCUACCAAGAGGGUGAAGGACCCAGAGGGGUUUGCAGUCGUCUCCACGAUCUGUGCCGCCAGUGGCUGAAGCCAGAGCAGCACACCAAGGCCGAGGUGCUGGACCUGGUGACCCUGGAGCAGUUCCUGAGCAUCCUGCCCCCAGAGAUGGGGAGCUGGGUCCGAGAGUGUGGGGCAGAGACCUGUUCCCAGGCGGUGGCCCUGGCGGAAGGCUUCCUCCUGAGUCGGGCCGAGGACAAGGAGCAGGAAGGACAGGUGUGAGCAUUCCCUCUGGGUUUCACUAACCUGGGGGCUGAUGGACAGGUUAAACGUACACCCUGCCUUUCUUCCAAGAUGGGACCGAUGUGGGGGAUAAGCAAGGCCCUGCUCCCUCGACCUCUCUCCCCACCUGCUCUGCCCCUCCAUCUCUACCGUCAGCUUGGUUGAUGCUCCGCUCAAGAUAGAACAUAGACAAUGAUGGGAGGGGGAGGGGGGCAUUGGUUCCAAACUAGGUUCCCAUCUCAGAGUUAUUCUUUCCAAAAAGGUCUAUAGGUCUGUGAUGUUUUUGAACUUUUCCCAAACUCCUUCUGGAAUGCUCUGUGCUCUUCCAGGCCCAUAAUAAUAACUCCAUGGAAGUCCCUGCACCAGAGGAAUCUCCACCAGACACCACCCAGAGUCUCAGGCAGAAGGAGCUGAAGCGGGAAGGAGACGGGGCUGCCGCCUUGCAGGGUGAGAAGGAACUCUUCUGGGAGUUUUGGGGGUUUGUGCCAGUGGAAAUCCCGCUUUGGGGGGAUGAUUGUACACCCACAGUUUGAGCUUCAGAAGGUGAAGGAUCAUUUGGCCUUGAGAUGGGUAUAUAUCUUAAACUCAUGUCCUUUGUGUGAUGUUUUAUGGACUUAAUAUGUAUUUUAUAGAAAGACAGUUUUAAUGUAGAUCUUUUAUAGUUAUAUAUAUAUCUUUGUUGAAUUUUGACAAUGUUUGUGUUUUUAAAAUUAUGUUGUAACCUCCCUUGAACUGCAAGGAGAGGCGAGUAAGAAAUAAAAUUAUUAUUAUUAUUAUCAUUAUUAUUGUUAUUGUUAUAUGUACACAUUCAGUUGCUAGAGGUGUAACUUCAGUUUGAUUUGCAGUUUUCUUUCUUGCAAUAGGACUGAAAACGCAGCCUUCAGUGUCUUCCCAGGUGGGACCCUAAGCUGAGCCGAGCCCUGAAACUGAGCUGGAAGACAAACAGACCGCAAAGAAUCACUUUAGUCAGUUGAACCACCAAGCCCAAUACUAGUUUCAUUCGAACAUCCUCACAGCACUGCUUGCGAGAUAAAGUCCUAAACCCUAACUCAUCGGUUUCUUUAUAGGACUGCAAUGGUCACCUCUGAGGCCUGUUUCUGUGACCAGCUUUCCACCCCUUGCUCUCUCUCCAGGGUCUGGAAUGAUGCUGUGGCCGAAUCCUCAGCCGUUUCUCCCCCUUUGCGAUGGAGUGGGACUGAGUCAGGGCCCAAUCGCCUUUGAGGACGUGGCUGUGGAUUUCUCCCUGGAGGAGUGGGUUCUCCUGCAUCCGGACCAGAAAGCCUUGCACAAGCAGAUCAUGGAGGAGAUGAAUGGGAUUGUGGACUCUCUUGUCGAUAACGGGGAGAAGAGCGAUGUGUGCACCAAAUACAGGAAGCAUUUGGACACAACUGGGGCCUUCGUCAACAGCAGCAAGCCCACAGAGAAGAUGGAGGUUCUGCCAAAGAAAGGCCUGACAAAUGCAGUGUACGUGGGCAGUAUUUUACCCAAAAUAUGGCACUUGUGCUUCACAAGACACUCGAUGUUGGGAAAAGCCAUCUUAAAGGGAAAGUAUCUGCAAAAUGUGUAGUGAAACACAAGAAAUUUCACACGGGUCAGGAACCAUACAGAUGCCAAGAGUGUGGAAAGUAUUUUGCUUCCAGUUCAGCCUUGGUGAGGCUCAAAAGACUCCACACAGGAGAGAAGCCAUACCAAUGUCAGGAGUGUGGGAAAUGUUUUGCUUGCAGUUCAACCUUGGUGAGCCACAAAAGACUCCACACAGGAGAGAAGCCAUACCAGUGCCAGGAGUGUGGGAAAUGUUUUGCUUGCAGUUCAACCUUGGUGAGCCACAAAAGACUCCACACAGGAGAGAAGCCAUACCAGUGCCAGGAGUGUGGGAAAUGUUUUGCUUGCAGUUCAACCUUGGUGAGCCACAAAAGACUCCACACAGGAGAGAAGCCAUACCAGUGCCAGGAGUGUGGGAAAUGUUUUGCUUGCAGUUCAACCUUGGUGAGCCACAAAAGACUCCACACAGGAGAGAAGCCAUACCAGUGCCAAGAGUGUGGGAAAUGUUUUGCUUGCAGUUCAACCUUGGUGAGCCACAAAAGACUCCACACAGGAGAGAAGCCAUACAAAUGCCAGGAGUGUGGGAAAUGUUUUGCUGAAAGUUCAGCCUUGGUGAGCCACAAAAGAGUCCACACCAGGGAGAAGCCAUACAAAUGUGAGGAGUGUGGGAAAUGUUCUGCUUCCCAUUCAGACUUGUUGAAGCACAAAAGACUCGACACAGGAGAGAAGCCAUACCAAUGCCAGGAGUGUGGGAAAUGUUUUACUUGCAGUUCAACCUUGGUGAGCCACAAAAGACUCCACGCAGGAGAGAAGCCAUACCAGUGCCAGGAGUGUGGGAAAUGUUUUGCUGACAGUUCAGCCUUGGUGAGGCACAAAAGACUCCACACAGGAGAGAAGCCACACCAAUGUCAGGAGUGUGGGAAAUGUUUUGCUGACAGUUCAGCCUUGUUGAGCCACAAAGGAGUCCACACAGGAGAGAAGCCAUACCAGUGCCAGGAGUGUGGGAAAUGUUUUGCUUGUAGUUCAACCUUGGUGAGCCACAAAAGACUCCACACAGGAGAGAAGCCAUACAAAUGCCAGGAGUGUGGGAAAUGUUUUGCUGAAAGUUCAGCCUUGGUGAGGCACAAAAGACUCCACGCAGGAGAGAAGCCAUACCAGUGCCAAGAGGGUGGGAAAUGUUUUGCUUGCAGUUCAACCUUUGUGAGCCACAAAAGACUCCACACAGGAGAGAAGCCAUACCAGUGCCAGGAGUGUGGGAAAUGUUUUGCUUCCAGUUCAACCUUGGUGAGCCACAAAAGACUCCACACAGGAGAGAACCCAUACAAAUGCCAGGAGUGUGGAAAAUGUUUUGCUGAAAGUUCAGCCUUGGUGAGCCACAAAAGACUCCACACAGGAGAAAAGCCAUACAAAUGCCAGGAGUGUGGAAAAUGUUUUACUGACAGUUCAGCCUUGUUGAUCCACAAAAGAGUCCACACCUGGGAGAAGCCAUACAAAUGUGAGGAGUGUGGGAAAUGUUCUGUUUCCCAUUCAGACUUGGUGAAACACAAAAGACUCCACACAGGAGAGAAGCCAUACAAAUGCCAGGAGUGUGGGAAAUGUUUUGCUUUCCGUUCAAACUUGAUGAGCCGCAAAAGACUCCACACAGGAGAGAAGCCAUACCAAUGCCAGGAGUGUGGGAAAUGUUUUGCUGACAGUUCAGACUUGGCGAAGCACAAAAGAAGCCACACAGGAGAGAAGCCAUAUAAAUGCCAUGAAUGUGGAAAAUGUUUUACUCAGAGUUCAGCCCUUAACCAGCACCAGAGAACACAUACCGGCUAAAAAACAGCCAUUGUGGGUAAAUGUCUGAUUUCAAACUGGACCCUUUGAGAAGUUUUGCGUCAGAUUUGGUGGAGUCCCGUUCUUGUCAUUUGAACCUGUAAGUUGGAGGUCUGUUCUCUGGAGCAGCAGAAAGAAAGCUCUGUGUGACAAUCCCUCAGAGCAGUGGUUCUCAACCUGUGGGUCCCUAGAUGUUUUGGCCUUCAACUCCCCUAAAUCCUAACAGCUGGUAAACUGGCUGGGAUUUCUGGGAGUUGUAGGCCAAAACACCCGGGGACCCACAGGUUGAGGACCACUGCUUCAGUGUCAGUUCCUGGAAGGUGUAGGAGACAAAGAUAGGCUCACACAGCUUGUAGCUAUGGAAAACUUUAUUGAAUCCGCCUUGCCAAAAUGGCCGCAACGCUUCUACUGCCCGUCUUCCGCUCUUUCCCCUCAGUAUAUUGGGUGGUUGCUUCCCUCCUCCUUCACGUCUCUUCUUCUCCAUUCACACCUCCCUUUCCUUUUGUCCUUUCCCACGUCUGAAGACCAGACCCCGUCAUAAAUCAGCCUUCCCAGCCAAAUGGUCUUCUUUAUCCGAUUUGUUGUAGUCAGGUGUGAAAAGAACAGCUUGGAGAAUGCUGAUCUUUUUGCAUCCUGACAUUCAGAGAGUUAAAUAUUAAGUUAAGUCUUGUCACCUCGUCUGAAAAGAAAUAAACCAUAAGUGAUUCCAUCACUUGUUCUUCUGGUCUUAGUUUCCAGCUCCAUUUUCACCUUGGUUUACAUGUCCAGUUUGUGAACGUUGUGCCCCUACAGACACAUCCUCUGUUUUCCUCUUUAGUCAGGACUGGUCAGCUUGAAUAUUGUAAAUAGCCGUUAUGGGAGGGAUCCAGAGUUAGCCCCUUCCCUUUAAGACAGUGGCUCUCAACCAGUGGUCCACGGACUACCAGUGGUUCGCAAGAACUAAAAUACGGUCUGCCUUCUAAGCUUCCCUUCCUUUGCUUUCUUUUCUCUUGCCCUUCCUUCCCUUUUCUUCCUUCUUUCCUUCUAUCCUUGUCUUCUUGUCCCUUCCUUUGCCUUCUUUUCUCUUGCCCUUCAUUCCUUCCUUUUUCUCUUCCCUUCCCAUCCUGCCCUUUGCUGCCUUUUCUCUUCCUCUUCCAUCCUUUUUCUCUUCCUUCCCUUUUCUCCCCUUUGCCUUUUCUCUUGCCCUUCUUUCCUUUUUUCUUCCCUUCACUUCAUUUCCUUUUCCUUCUUUUCUCUUGCCCUUCCUUUUCUCUUUCCUUCCUUCCCUUCCUUUGUCUACUUUUCUCUUGCCCUUCCUUCCUUUUCUCUUCCCUUCCUUCCCUUUGCCUUUUCUCUUGCCCUUCCUUCCUUUCUCUUCCCUUCCCUUCCUUUGCCUUCUUUUCUCUUGCCUUCUUUCCUUGCUUUUUCUUUCUCUUCCCUUCCCUUCCUUUGCCCAUCAUAUGUUAUGGACUGGAGUAGAGUACAAUAUAUGUCUCAUUUGAUGCCUCAAGAACUUGAAUGCAUACUGUAAUUGUUUUUCUUAAUCUGUUUAUCCUAUUAUGGUUAUAUUAUUGAUGUACUCUGAUUGUUGUUUAUGUGAGUUUAAUAUGUUGUAAGCCGCUUUGGGUCCAGUGAGGGAGAAAAGCAGGAUAUAAAUAAAGAUUCAUCAUCAUCGUCA